AUGACUCAUUUCAGACCGGUAUUUUGCACGGCGAGUGGCGCACUUGCCUCAAGUGAAAUGCGACUAGAGCAGGGUGAAAWUCCACUGCCACAGCGAUUGAAUGCUAAGCAGAGACGUCUCUCACGGCCAAAUACAAAGGAAGAAGUCCGAUUCAAUUCUCUCUUCUAUCUUUCUAGAAAUGUCAGAGAAAUAGAAACGGCAAACAUUGAGGAUUUUAAAGAAAAUGUUACCCUUGGAAAAGGAAGAUUUGGAACAUGUCAAAAGAAAGUAUACAGAGGAAACAUUGUAUGUGUGAAGUAUUUUAAAGAAAACACAACAAAAGAUGUAGUUCAACGAGAAGCCAUGAUAAUAAACAGCUUAGAUCAUCCAGAUGAUGAUGAUAAUGUAGUUUUUAUCACAGGGUUACCUUAUGCAUUUGGAAUAGUAACAACUACACAACCGUUUGCACUGGUGAUGGAGUUCUAUGGAAUCGAUGGUAAAACAGUGACAAUUGCUGAUGCAGCAAGAGACAAUCUACUUUUCGAUCAAAAACAGUGGGCUGUAGCACUGUCUCAUUGUUCGCAAGCGAUUUCACAUAUACACAAAAAUCAUUAUUUGCAUUGUGACCUAAAAGGUGACAACAUUGUUUUCAAUAAUGUCGAUGGAAAUUUUUUUCCCGUCAUUGUUGAUUUUGGAAAAAUGAAAAAAAUUGACGAUGUUAAAAGGUACAAAUUAACCAUACAAGAACAGGAAAUGUAUCGACAAAGGCACAAACACAUUGCUCCAGAAGUUGUGAGGGGCAUCGAAGCUCCUUCUCCUGCGAGUGACAUCUAUGCGUUUGGCCUCGUCAUUUCACUUAUUUGCUAUUAUAAUAGGAGCUUUGAAGAAUUACGAAAAUUAGCUGUUAAGUGCAUUCACGGAACACCUCAUAGAAGGCCUAGAAUUGAAAGUAUAAUGUCAGAUUUGGAUUCAGUGCUACAUUCACGUCAUAACACGGAACAAAUGUAA